GAUUGUGGCGCCCAAACCAAUGGAUUUCUUCUGCCCCUCCAAUGCCCUGACUGUUUCCACUGACUCACCACAUCCAUCACGGCUUGACUCAAUUUGCCGGCAGCAGAGACUUAAAUCAGGAACUGUCGCCUGAUUUGGAGAUCUGCCAUUUCAAUUAUCCCCACCGCGAAACGAGACGCAAUCAUGGCUGACGCUGCUGCCCCCCCGACCGAGCAGGUCUCCAACCUGCACCUCGAUGAGGUAACUGGUGAGAAGGUCUCCAAGACCGAGUUGAAGAAGCGCCAGAAGGCCCGCCAGAAGGAGGAAGAAAAGAAGAAGAAGGCUGCUGAGCGCGGUCCUGCUCCUGCUCCCAAGAAGGCUGCUGGUGGUGCUGAGGCUGCCGAGAAGGACCUCACUCCCAACCAGUACUUCGAGAUUCGAUCAAGGAACAUCAACAAGCUCCGCGAGACCAAGAGCCCCAACCCUUACCCUCAUAAGUUCAACGUCACAUACGACCUGCGAAACUUUGUCAAGGAGUUUGGCCACCUCAAGUCUGGCGAGCAUGCCAAGGACAAGAUCAUCCAGAUCGGUGCCCGUGUCCACGGAAAGCGAGCAUCCGGCUCCAAGCUUCUUUUCUAUGAUGUCCGAACAGAGGGCGUCAAGGUCCAGAUUAUGUGCCAAGCGCAAGAGGUGCGAGAGGGAGCUCCCGCUUUUGAUGCCCAGCACGAGCACCUCCGCCGAGGUGAUAUCAUUGGUGUUAUUGGCUACCCCGGCCGAACUGCCCCUAAGACCAAGAUCGAGAAGGGAGAGGAGGGUGAGCUGUCAAUCUUCGCGACUGAGGUCGUCCUCCUGACUCCUUGUCUCCAUGCCCUCCCUGAUGAUCACUACGGCUUCAAGGAUCUCGAGCAGCGAUACCGCAAGCGAUAUCUCGAUCUUAUCUGCAACGAGAAGGCCCGUAAUGUCUUCAUCACUCGAUCCAAGAUGAUCACCUGGAUCCGCCGAUACUUCGACGAGCGUGACUUCGUCGAGGUUGAGACUCCCAUGAUGAACCAGAUUGCUGGCGGUGCCACUGCUAAGCCCUUCACUACUCACCAUAAUGAGUACGACAUGCAGAUGUUCAUGCGUGUCGCUCCUGAGCUAUACCUCAAGAUGCUUGUUGUUGGUGGCCUUAACCGCGUGUACGAGAUUGGACGUCAGUUCCGAAACGAGGGUGCUGAUCUCACCCACAACCCUGAGUUCACUACCAUUGAGUUCUAUCAGGCCUACGCUGAUGUCAACGACCUGAUGGACAUCACUGAGGACAUGGUUUCUGGCCUUGUCAAGUACCUUACCGGUGGCUACAAGACCACCUUCCACACCCAGACCGGCGAGAAGUACGAGGUCAACUGGGAAAAGCCCUGGCCCCGAUAUGAGAUGAUUCCCACCCUGGAGGAGGCCACCGGAGAGAAGUUCCCUCCUGGCGACCAGCUCCACACACAAGAGACCAACGAGUUCCUCAAGAAGGUCCUCAAGAAGAUGAACCUGGAGUGCACACCUCCUCUCACCAACGCCCGCAUGAUUGACAAGCUGGUCGGUGAGUUCAUCGAGGAGAAGUGUGUCAACCCCUCUUUCAUCACUGGUCACCCUCAAGUCAUGAGCCCUCUUGCCAAGUACCACCGUGAGAUUCCCGGUCUGUGCGAGCGUUUCGAGGCCUUCGUUUGCAAGAAGGAGAUCGCCAAUGCCUACACUGAGUUGAACGAUCCCUUUGACCAGCGUCUGCGUUUUGAGGAGCAGGCUCGCCAGAAGGACCAGGGUGAUGACGAGGCUCAGCUCAUUGACGAGAACUUCUGUACCUCGCUUGAAUAUGGUCUGCCUCCUACUGGUGGUUGGGGCAUGGGUAUCGACCGAAUGGUCAUGUUCUUGACUGAUAACUACACCAUCCGUGAGGUUCUUGCUUUCCCCUUCAUGAAGGAUGAUAAGCUGGAGCAGAAGAAGCUUGCCGCCGAGGUUGUUGGCAUCGAGCCCAUGCCUGAGGAGGGCAUUGCUCACAAGUAAAACGGGAAAACGGGAUUUACUGGGUUAACUGAUAAGUUGGAUUGCAUGAUUUUACGCUGUGACAACGACAUAAGAAUGGUCAGAUUUCCAGUCUGAUGGAAUUAGAAAGAAAAUAAAAUGCUUUUAUAAAACCAUGUUAAGAAUUCUUCUAAGAGUCGAGUGUAUCCAAGAUGUUCAUUAUAUGUGUCGUUUGGCUAGCUUACCAGCUUUCCGUUUCGUUAUUCUAUUGAUGCUAUUGGGUACCAUAUUGUACAAGAAUAAUAUACAUGCUGUUCUUCGGCA